UACACCUGGUCCUCUGCGAUUCCCUUCUCCUCGUACGUAACCCCUGCAACCUGCUCAAGCAAGCAGUGUUGAGGCCAAUGCAAGUUUCCUCCAGACAGUGCCCAAGCUAACCCAACUAAUCCACCGCUCUUCUACAGCUACCUAGUCUUCUCUCUCCUCGAUCAAUCCUCUCAUGAUAGCUUAGGCAUGUGUCAUGCAUGAUCAAGACCUGGAAUCGAGUUGGAAGCAUCCCAUCCCCAUCCAUUUGAGUGUUUGACACCAAGGCUCUCUUCUCCUCUUGGUCAUCCACUCAUCCCUCAUAUAAAGCCACUCCCUUGCCCUACUCUUCCACUCACUAGUUACUCUUCUAGCUCUUUGCUUCGUAGCAAAGGUAACCUUGCGCCUUACUUGUUCAAGUGUUCAAGAAGUGGCUGCCAUGGCUGUGGAGGCGGUGCUCGACGCGGGGGCGCCGAGCAGGGAGGUAACGGCGACGACGAGCACCGAGGAGGGCGAGGCGUCGACGGCGCAGGAGGUGGAAGGGUGGGCGAAGAAGAGGCGAUCCAGGCGGCGGCGGCAGUGCGCGCCGGAGCCCACCGAGGAGGAGUACCUCGCGCUGUGCCUCGUCAUGCUGGCGCGCGGCCGCCGCGACGUCCCCGCCCCGGCACCCGCGCAGGAGCACACGUGCUCCGUCUGCGGCAAGGCGUUCCCGUCGUACCAGGCGCUAGGCGGCCACAAGGCCAGCCACCGUAAGCCUCCGGCGCUGGCGCCGGCCUCGGCCACCGGCGCGGAUCACCAGGAGGAGAAGGUGCCGUCCUCGUCCGCCGUGUCCUCGUCCGCAGGCUCAGCAGGCGAGGGCUCCGGCAAGGUGCACGAGUGCCACGUGUGCGGGAAGGCGUUCCCGACGGGGCAGGCGCUGGGCGGGCACAAGCGGUGCCACUACGACGGCACCAUCGGCAGCGCCGCCGCGCCCGCACCCUCGCGCGCCACGGCAGCUAGCGGACCUCCCUGUGUCGCGACUGGCGGCUUCGACCUGAACCUGCCGGCGCUGCCGGACGUCGCGGAGCGGUGCACGCAAGGGGCCGGGGCGGAGGAGGAGGAGGUGCUCAGCCCGCUCGCCUUCAAGAAGCCCAGGCUCAUGAUCCCGGCCUGAAUUGGUCAAAAAAUCCAUUGUCCAAGCCAGUAGCCCCUGUUGAUUAGUUCAGUAGCUGUACCUAGCUUGCUGGUAGUGAUUAGCUUGUGUACAUAGAUAUUGCAUGCUCAUUGUUCAUCAUUCUUCAUUGCAUAUUCAUCUUUUAGCUAGGCUAGAACUAGAAUUAUGGGUCAAUUCUUUCAUUGGUUCAAUUGGAGUGUAUGUGUAUGCAUGUAUAUAUGAUAAAAAUAAUAAUAAAGGAUAUAUCGAUUAA